UCACUUUUGGCCUGUGUGAAAUCUUCAGAGACCUCAUCAGGAUGGAGAACCUCAUGAAGCUCAAAAAGAAGUGCAAAGUCCUGACCCUGUGAAGGAACAUCCCCAGCCACCAGUAUAUGGCAGUGCUGACCAGCUGGAAAGCAGUUUGGCAAAAAAGGACCUGGAGCUCCUGGUGGACACCAGACUGGACAUGAGCAGCAAUGGGCCCUUGCCACGAAAAUUCCAUCAGGCUCUUGGGCUGCAUGAGGAGGAACAUUGACAGCAAGUUGAAGGAGGGGACCCUUCCCCUCUGCUCAGCAUUGGGGAGGCUGUUCCUCAAGUGCUGGGUCCGGUUCUGAGCUCCCCAGGAUUAGAGAUGUAUGGACAUACUGAGACAGUCCAGCAAAGGGCCAUAGAGAUGAUGAAGAGAUAGGAACAUUUCUCCAGGGAGGAGAUGCUGGUACAGUUCAGGAUGGAGAGGGCUCAGAGGAUUCUUACCAAUGUUUGUGGAGCAAAGUAGAUGCAGCCCAACUCUCAGUGGUGACCACUAACAGGAGAAGAGGCAACAAGAAAUUGUAUUUAAACACCAGAUAAAACGUUAUUGCACUCUGAAACAGGCUGUCCAGACAGGCUGUGGAGUCUCACAGCCCACCUGGACAUGGUCCUGGGCAGCAUCUCCAGGGACUGGGCUGGAUGAAUUCCAGCCUCAGCUCCUUGCCAGCCCUGUGGGUGUGGGGAGGGCAGGCUGGGUGUUUUGGGUGGCACAGAGCCCUCAGUGCAGCUAUCCCUCAGCUCCGGGGCAGCAGCUGAGCAGUCUCUGGCAAUCAUCUAGCACACAAUGGCACGAGAACACUUCUGUGCUGCCUGUUGGGGUUUUUUCCAGAGCUGCAUAAUCCUACACAAACAUUGCCUUUCCCUACACAGCCUCAUAGGGAAAUCCCCCUCUGGAGUCCAGUGGGACCAUUGUCCUUUUUGUGGCCAGGCCACUUGGCACAUUUUAGUUUCCUUUUGAUUUGAAUAAAGCAAAAAUGAAUGCUGAGUCACUUGGCAUUGUGAGGGACCAUAUUCCAUUCUACCUAAUUUUUUUCUGUUCCUUCUAAUUCCCUUCAGCUAUUUCACUUUCAUGUCAUCCUUUAUCAUCAUCUUGGAAUUUCCAUUUCGGCUACUCCCAGCUGCCUCUAGGACUCCCUUUUAAAAGAGGGCUGAAUCCAGCUGUUGCACACUGAGCUGCAUCUUCCAGAGCUUCUGCUUCUGCUCUGACCGCCCUCACCUGACUGAAAGAUGAAGGUCUCUGCAGCUGGAUUGGCUCUCCUCCUCAUUUCAGCCUCCUUUUCCCAAAUUUUCUGUGGCCCAGCUGGACCCAACAUCCCAAUCUGCUGUGUCACAUAUAGCCGGCACAAACUCCCAUGGAAGCUCAUCCAGCGUCAUUACAGCACCAGCAGCAGCUGUCCUCAGCCAGCCAUCGUGUUUGUCACAAAGGAAGGCCGCCAGGUCUGUGCCAAUCCUGAAAACACCUGGGUCCAAAGCUACCUGAAAAUUUUGGAGCAGAACUGAGCCAUGCAGUGUGACAAGAGUAGCUGCUGUCAUGGACAAGUCACGUUAUCCUGAGCUCCCUCCGUGGAGUGGGACCCUGGGACAACAGGAGCCACAGGAGCAUCUGCAGGUGUCCCCAGAGGACUGCUGGAAGGGCAGCUUGUGUUCAUGGCUGCUGCUCAUCCUUGACUUGCACAGACCAGGCUUCUGCCUCAUCCCUCUGCCCCAUCCCUCUGUCCCAUGGGUGUAGGCCCAUGGGACUGCACCUUGGAUUAUUUGAAGUUAUUUAAGAAAUUAUCAUAUGGG